GAAGGACCCCACUUGCUUUGGCAUCCGCUUUUGUCACUGUCUCAGCUGAGCGGCGCUGGUUGAAGAGGCACGUGUGCUGCUGAAUGGAGCUGGUCGCUGGUUGUUACGAACAGGUCCUUUUUGGGUUCGCAGUACGCCCCGAGCCAGCUGCGGGCGGCGACCACGAGCAAAAAUGGACUCCUGUGGCUGACUUCACUCACCAUGCCCACACUGCCUCCUUGUCAGCAGUGGCUGUAAAUAGUCGUUUUGUAGUCACUGGGAGCAAAGAUGAAACAAUUCACAUAUAUGACAUGAAAAAGAAGGUAGACCAUGGGGCUCUAGUGCAUCACAACGGCACGAUAACUUGCCUGAAAUUCUAUGGCAACAGGCACUUAAUCAGUGGGGCAGAAGAUGGAGUCAUUUGUGUCUGGGAUGCAAAGAAAUGGGAGUGCCUGAAGUCCAUUAAAGCUCACAAAGGACACGUGACCUUCCUUUCUAUUCACCCAUCUGGCAAGUUGGCCCUGUCUGUGGGUACGGAUAAGACAUUGAGAACAUGGAAUCUUGUGGAAGGAAGAUCAGCAUUCAUAAAAAACAUAAAGCAAAAUGCUCACAUAGUUGAAUGGUCCCCAAGAGGAGAGAAAUAUGUAGUUGUUAUGCUGAAUAAAAUAGAUAUCUAUCAACUUGACACCGCAUCCGUUAGUGGCACCAUCACAAAUGAAAAGAGAAUAUCUUCUGUUACGUUUCUUUCAGAGUCUGUCCUUGCAGUGGCUGGAGAUGAAGAAGUUGUAAGGUUUUUUGACUGUGAUUCACUAAUGUGUCUCUGUGAAUUUAAAGCUCAUGAUAACAGGAUAAAGGACAUGUUCAGUUUUGAAAUUCCAGAGCAUCAUGUUAUUGUUACAGCAUCAAGUGAUGGUUUCGUCAAAAUGUGGAAGCUUAAGCAGAAUAAGAAAGUUCCUCCAUCUUUACUCUGUGAAGUAAAAACUAAUGCCAGGCUGACAUGCCUUGGAGUGUGGCUAGACAGAGUGACAGACACAAAAGAAAGCCUUCCUCCGGCUGCAGAGCCUUCUGUAAGUAAAGAAGAGUCCAAAAUCAAAAAGGAAGCUGGCAAUGUAGUGCAGGAAGAAGAAAGGCAGUCCAAAGCUAAUACAAAGAAAUGUGGUUUAACUGAUGACAGUAAUAAGCCAACGAAAGGAAAUAGCCUGGUGUCAACCAAGAAGAGGAAAAUGGUAGAAAUGUUGGAAAAAAAGAAGAAAAAAAAGAAAAUAUGAGUGAUACAGUCAAUCCCACAUUCCUUCUAUGAGAAAAACUUACUAGAUGGAAUCAUUCUUUUCAAAUGUGCCUGCCUCCCCUCCACGAGUAAAAGCUAGAAAUUUCUUCUUUUGGAGAAGAUGUACAGCUUAAAAAAACAGACAAACACAUUUAGAUGUUUUCUAUUUUUAUUUUUUAUUUUUAACAAUGGUAAAACAAUUUUUGGUAGGCAGUGUUCUAUUAUAUAUUAUAUAUCGUGAUAUAUAGUAUGUUAAUGUGUAAUAUAUAAUUUUUACCAUUGUAUAAAGCAAAUAAAGAUCUUAAAAUAUUUAGUUUAAAAUAUGCACAGUUUUGAACACAUUCUUUACCAGAGAUAGAUAAAAAAGUUGUUUUUCAGAUUUUUCUCCUAAAUGGGGGAAGAAUAAAACUUAGCCUUCCUUUGGCUUCUUCAGAUGAUUCUAGUACUUUUAAUGCAGAUUUUGAUCCUUUUCGUAACCAAGGUAUAAAAAUAUUUUCAUACCAGUAAGUAUAUAUUAAGACCAACUCAAAAUUCAUGGACACGUAAAAUAUGUAUGCAUAAAGUGUAUGCUUAAAUUCAGGGCUAUGUCCUUAAGAAGGUUCUUAGAUUGCCAAACCUCAUCAGACUACUCUGCUUCCACGCUGUGGAUGAGAAGAUAAUUGAAGGUUUGGAAAAUGACAUUUUCAGGGUAUGUUGUUUCUUUUCCCCCAUCUGUUUCAGGCCAACAAAAACAGUCAUUUAGUUAAUCCAAUAAAGAUAAUCUUAAAUUCAGCCUGUUAA